UGGAGGGAAGCUCGCGAGCAGAGGAGCCACCACCUUCGCACGGAAUGCUAGUGAGCACCCAGCUGGUCCGAGCAGCCCGCAGCAGCCUCCCAGCCCCGCUGUAGGAUUACACUGUCUGUUGUCUGAGCCGAGGAGGAAGAGGAAGAAGAAGCACAAGCAGCUGUUCCAGCGGGUUUUAUUUGAUGGGGAUGUGUUCAAGGCAGGAGCGAAUACAACAAGACGUCGACAUUGUUAUUGAAAGGUGUAAGGCAGAGAAAGACUGCCUUUUCUCCGAUUUCCGAUACUCUGACGCCACGUUCACAUUCACAUACUCUAAAGGACCAAAAAGAAUUUCUUAUUCUGUGCAUGUCUCCGAUGACUAUCCAGACAACACAUAUGUAUCAAACUCUGAAAAUGAUGAUGAAGUUUUAAUCACAACUGAUCCAAUUCCUGUCAUUUUUCAUCGAAUUGCAACAGAGAUAAGGCUGAAUAACGAUGCCACCAGCUGCCUGUCUCUCAGAUCAAAACUUCCAAUAGACAAAAACCAGUGUCAUUAUGCCAUAGAAGAAGAUUCUGAGGGGGACAAUGACUCUGAGGAGUUCUACUAUGGAGGUCAGGUGAACUUUGAUGAUGAACUCCACAAGCAUCCCCUCUUGGAGGCUGAUCUUCAGGCUGUGAGAGAUUUGUACGGACCUCAUGCAGUAUCUCUCAGGGAAUAUGGUGCAAUUGAUGAUGUGGACAUUGAUCUGCAUAUUGAUGUCAGUUUCCUAGAUGAAGAAAUUGCGCAAGCAUGGGAUGUGAUUAGGCGUGAGCCUGUUAUUGUGCGGCUUCACUGCUCACUAACCCAGUACCUGAAUGGAACGGUCCCAACAGUUGAUGUUUUCCAGGUGUCCACAAAAGACAGGUUUGGCCUGGGACAUCAGCUGAAAAAGAUCAUGCAGACAUUUGUCACCCAGCAGUGGAAGCAUCAGAGCAAAGAGAAGCUCAACUGCCCUCACAGCAAAAAGCAGAAUGACAAGAAAGUCAAAUCUCCACUGCAUAUAUUCUCAACUCUCCGCAGGUCUCCCAGCUAUCCUCCUCCUGGCUGUAUUAAGAGUAAAAAGAAGCUCAAGCCUGAGCAGGACUGCAUGUCCAAGUCCCAUCGCCUGCUUCGUAGAACCUGCUCUAGUAGUGUCAAGCAAACAGAGGUGGAUGGCUGUAGCCCUGGCUCUAGCAAGCUGGCCCACAAGCUCUUUGGCCACUCCGUGUCUGGAGACUCCCGCAUGGAGUCAGCUGCUCCGACACCUCUCAAAACCCACCGCCUCCUGGGUCAUUCUUGUUCCACAAUGGUCAAACCUGAAGGUAGCCCUGCGGGACUCAGGGUUCCUCAUAAACUCCUUCCACGCUCAUGUUCAAAUGACCCUCACUGUGACCACACUGGUGGGGAUAUAGGCUUGGGUGGGAUAAGUGGGGGCAUUAGCACGAGUCUCGGAGUUGGAGGAGGUGGGCUGAAGACCCACAGAUUACUGAGCAGAUCAUGCUCCGGUUCUAUUAGAACAGAGGAGAUGGAUGGACUGAAGCACCACCACCGGCUGCUCAGCAGGUCUUACUCCAGCAGCACCAAGAUUGGCAAAGGAGACAUCUUCAAGGACCCGACGCCUGAAGUUAGGCGACUCUCUCUUACCUCAGGGCUUAUCGGCAUCUUGGCCCCAUCACUUGCCACGCCACCAACGCCAAACCAUGGUGCCAAAUCCAUUCCAGUCAGAGAUAAAGGCUUUCUUGUCCAGAUAAUGGAGUAUGCAGAACAAAGGAUUCCUGUUCUUAACGAGUUUUGUGUUGUGUGCGAUGAACCUCAUGUGUUCCAGAAUGGGCCAAUGCUGAGGCCUACGGUGUGUGAGAGGGAGCUGUGUGUGUUUGCCUUCCAGACACUGGGAGUGAUGAAUGAAGCAGCUGAUGAAAUUGCCACUGGAGCUCAGGUGGUAGAUUUAUUAGUGUCCAUGUGUCGGUCUGCGCUGGAGUCACCCAGGAAAGUCGUUAUUUUUGAGCCAUAUCCUUCUGUGGUGGACCCUAAUGAUCCGCAGACCCUGGCCUUCAACCCAAGGAAAAAAGACUACGACCGAGUGAUGAGAGCCCUCGACAGCCUUACAUCUAUCCGAGAGAUGACCCAGGCACCUUACUUGGAGAUAAAGAAGCAAAUGGACAGACAUGACCCACUGGCUCAUCCAUUACUGCAAUGGGUAAUAUCCAGUAACAGGUCACACAUUGUCAAACUCCCAGUUACCAGACAACUGAAGUUCAUGCACACACCACACCAGUUCCUCCUGCUUAGCAGUCCACCUGCCAAAGAAUCCAACUUCCGUGCCGCCAAAAACCUGUUUGGGAGCACUUUUGCUUUCCAUGGUUCCCACAUAGAAAACUGGCACUCCAUUUUGAGGAAUGGACUGGUCGUGGCCUCUAAUACCAGACUUCAGCUCCACGGCGCCAUCUAUGGCAAUGGAAUCUAUCUCAGCCCCAUGUCUAGCAUAUCCUUUGGCUACUCAGGGAUGAACAAAAAGCAACAGAAAGUUACUUCAAAGGACGAAAUGGCAGCAAGCAGCAAGACCAGUGUACAUUUACAGUCACAAAAGAAAGGAGAACAGCCUCAGUUCUUGCAAAGUCGGAAUCUGAAGUGCAUAGCCUUAUGUGAAGUGAUCACUUCCCCUGACCUGCACAAACAUGGAGAUAUCUGGGUUGUGCCCAACACAGACCAUGUCUGCACAAGGUUUUUCUUUGUCUAUGAAGAUGGGCAGGUGGGAGACACAAGUAUCAAUACUCAAGACCCUGGCAUCCAUCGAGAAAUCCUCAGAGUUAUCGGCAACCAGACGGCCACAGGAUGAGCCAACAUGCACACAAUACUGCUGCUUCCACUACUUCACCAUCAACCUCCAUAGAAAGCUGGAUCCGUGGGCCAAGGUGGGCUCCAGUCAGAAUACACAGAGUUUUCACCAAAGGAUGAAAAUCCACAAAGUACAACAUUGAUGCUUAAAAAACCUUGAUAAACCAGAUCUGAAACUAAAAAACAAAUCAAACUCUGUAGAAAGAAACAUUUUCUAGGUUUAUAUGUACCGUGGAAAAAUUCCAUUUUUCUGAAGACAAUGACAUGCCUCAGUGUAACUGUAGGCCAACUCUACUUUUCUAGAGAACAUUUGAAACGAGAAAAACAAAAUAUUUUGAGACUUUUGCUGGUAGUUAAGGGGCCUUUUCAGGAAAUAAAAGUUAUUUGUGUUUUGAAAAGGUACCAUCUGUUCUUGUUUACUAAGAGUUGUACCUUUUUAAAGUACAAUGUAUUUUCUGUAUACUGGAGCCGUUGAUAUGCACUUUAUUUUUUGAAUGUAAUAUAUUUGUUCCAACUGGUCAUAACCUGAAAA